AUGGCAUUUCAAGAUUUCGACCAAAUCUCGGAACGCCGAAGGCUCGAAAGAGAACAAAAGCUCAAACAGCGGAUCAUGAUUGGUGUCGUCGUAGCCAUUUUGCUUCUUUCAGGCGCCRUCGCCGCUUUCUUGAUUUUCCUCAACAAUUCCCAAGAAAACGACGCCAAUGAUGACGUUGAUAACUUGCCAAACGUAAACGACGACAACAACGACAACGGCAAGAAUGGCAACAGCGGAAACAAGCCAUCUGAGGAUGGAAACAAAGACCAAAAAGUUUUGCAAACUCAAAAGGCCGUUAAAACGGCUUGUUUAUCGACGGAUUAUAAAGAAACGUGCGAGACCCGGCUUGAGAAAACRUUGAGUUCUAAAUCGUGGUCGUCGCUGAAACCGAAUGAUCUCGUUAAUGCUGCGAUAGCCGCGGCCUCUGAUGAGCUCGAUGCCGCCAUUAGACAAACCUCCACGGUCAUGAAGGCCGAAACGGCUUCUAAAGAGCAGAAAGCUUCAUAUGAAGUUUGUAAGCAAGUUCUCGAAGAUGCCCAAGACGAUUUCAAUCGUUCACGAAAUGCAGCCACAGGAAGCGCUGCAACUCGGGAUUUAGACAGUUGGUUGAGUGCGGUAAUCUCGUAUCAGCAAACGUGCGUCGAUGCGAUUACAGAAGAGGCAACUCGGGUUAGUGUCGAGAAGUCUUUGAAGAUGGCCAAGGAGCUCACGAGCAAUUCACUUGCGAUAGUGUCGUCGUUUGAUAAAGGAGGAGCACCACCGCCUGCCAUCGCCGCCACCAACCGCCGUCUUCUAUCGGGAAAUGCAGAUAAGGARCUUCCUAAGUGGAUGACCCCUGACAUACGCAGGUUGCUAAAGGCCGAUGCGCCUAGCCAGACUCCGAACGUAACCGUCGCUAAAGAUGGUUCGGGAGAUUUUACGACGAUUUCUAAGACGCUGGAAUCGUUGCCCCAAAAGUAUCAAGGGCGGUAUGUCAUCUACAUUAAAGGGGGAGUUUACGAAGAGAACGUGAUCGUAACGAAACAAAUGGCGAACGUCACCAUUUACGGUGACGGAUCGCAGAAAACCGUCAUCACCGGAAGCAAAAAUUUUGUAGAUGGAGUUCCUACAUUUCAAACAGCAACAUUUGCGGCUAUCGGGAGAGGAUUUAUGGCGCAAUCGAUCGGUUUUAGAAAUACAGCAGGUCCCGAGAAGCAUCAAGCGGUGGCGCUAAGAGUGCAAUCCGAUUGUUCGGUCUUCUUGAAUUGUCGAAUGGAGGGAUAUCAAGACACAUUGUAUGCCCAAACACACAGGCAAUUCUAUCGCGGAUGCUACAUAAUGGGAACGAUAGAUUUCAUAUUCGGGGAUGCGGCUGCAAUCUUCCAAACAUGCGAUAUCGUCAUCAGGAAACCGAUGGAGAAUCAGCAAAACACCGUGACUGCUCAGGGAAGAACCGACAAGCACCAAACGACAGGGAUCGUGUUACAGAAAUGCAAGAUUGCCGCAGAUUCUUCGCUGAAGCCAGAACAGUCGAAGAUCAAGAGUUAUCUUGGGAGGCCAUGGAAAGAAUACUCGAGAACGGUCGUGAUGGAAUCGGAGAUUGAAGACGUUGUUGAUCCUGUAGGUUGGUUGCCGUGGGAAGGAGAGUUUGCCCUCCAGACGUUGUUUUACGCAGAGUAUAACAACAUCGGUGCCGGAUCGCAUCUCAAAGAUAGAGUGAAGUGGGGAGGUUAUCAGGCCGAUUUCAAGAAAGAAGAAGCGUUUAAGUACACGGUUGGCCCGUUUAUACAAGGCGAAAGCUGGGUAAAAGCUGCUAAUGUUCCUGUUCGUGUCGGCUUUUACAGCUAG